CUCCUGGCGGCCACCAUGGCGGCGGCCGCGCUGUGCCGCUGCGGUGCGGCGUGGCUGCGGAGCCUGACGGGGAAGCUGGCCGCGGGGACCCUCCCGCCGCGCGGCGCCGCAGCCCCCGCCCCCCUGCACGCGAGCGCGGCCCUGGCCGUGUCCAGGCGCUGGGAGAAGAAGAACCGCGUCGUGUACCCGCCGCAGCUGCCCGGGGAGCCGCGGAGGCCGGCGGAAAUCUACCACUGUCGAAGACAGAUAAAAUACAGCAGAGACAAGAUGUGGUACCUGGCAAAGCUGAUUCGAGGAAUGUCUAUUGAUCAGGCGUUGGCACAGCUGGAAUUCAGUGACAAGAAGGGGGCUCAGAUCAUUAAGGAGAUCCUCUUGGAAGCCCAGGAGAUGGCGGUGAGGGACCACAACGUGGAGUUCAGAUCCAAUCUGUACAUCGCUGAGUCCAACUCGGGGCGCGGCCAGUAUCUGAAGCGCAUCCGGUACCACGGGCGCGGCCGCUUCGGGAUCAUGGAGAAGGUUUAUUGCCAUUAUUUUGUGAAGUUGGUGGAGGGCCCCCCGCCCCCUCCAGAGGCACCAAAGACGGCCAUUGACCACGCCAGAGAGUAUGUCCAGGAGCUGCGGAAUCGGACCAUCAUCCACACCCUGUGACGGACGGACAGGGCUAGGCCCCCCCACGCACCUGCCCACAGUUGGCUGCUCGGGCCGUGCACACGCCUUGCAUCUCUCCUGCGUCCUGAGCUGUCUCGGGGCCCCAGCUGGCGGGAGUCAGUUUUGGGCCUGUCACACUCGCGAGGGCUCACUUCCGGGAUGUGUCCUGGCAGCUGGGUCCUGGGCCUUGCCUGGUCUCAUCUCCAGUUCUGCUUCCGGGUCGCGGAGGUGUGCGGGCUGUGUGGUGCAGGUGACGUGGGCCCUCUCUGGCCACCUCCCUGCCGAAAGGGCGAGUGAGGGCCUAGGGAGUAAGCCCUGUAACUCUUGGGGUUUCUCCACUUACCGUUGGCUUUCUGGGGCCUGGCUCACUCCUGGGAGGCUCCGAGGGGCUGUGCAGCACCAGAGGCCAAACCGAUCCCCUGCAAGGCAAGCACCGUCCUUGCGUUCUUGUUCCAGGAGACCUCCGGAAGUCUUGCCGUUCAAUAAACACGGUUC